AUGAAAACUGAAUGGGGUUUUGAGAAAUUUGUGUCUCUAGAAGAGUUCCAAAAUCCUUCAAAUGGGUACCUAAUAGAUGACACCUGUGUAUUCAGAGCAGAGGUUUUUGUUACGAAAUAUGAAGGGAAGGGUGAGUGUCGGUCCAUGAAAAAGCUACUAUGGGACAAAAUUUUCACUUGGAAGAUUUAUAAUUUUUCAGAAAUAACUAAACGACGUCUGUGCUCAGAGGAGUUUGACAUUGGAGGUUGGAACUGGAAGCUUUUUCUCUAUCCCAAAGGAAAUGGUGAGGUGAAAGGUGUGAGCCUAUCUCUGUUUCUUGAAGUAGCUGAAUCUGAAAAACGCUACCUUAAAUCCAAACUCCCGGGUCAUGUUAAUAUAUGUGUUGAAUCUGAUGCAGAAGUUAAAAGAUUAUUGCGUGAUGUUAAACCAUCACAUAACUUAUUCAAGAUAGAGUCUUUCUCAACGCUUCUGGAAACCAAAAUUGAAAAAUAUGAAACAGAUGAUUUUGAGGCUGGUGGCUAUAAAUGGAAAUUGUGUAUAUACCCAAAUGGAAAUAAGAAAAGGAAUGGGGAAGGGUACAUCUCUUUAUACCUGGUAAUAGUUGAUACAGAAAACCUUCCUUGUGGUUGGGAGAUUAACGUAAACUUCAAAUUGUUUGUGUUUGAUAAUAUACAACACAAGUGCUUAACUAUUGAAGGCAAAGGUGAGUCUUUGUCCAUUACAAACUUACGAAGUGACAAUGUUUACACUUGGGAGAUUGAUAAUUUUUCAGCAUGCAAAGAAUCUCUUUUCUCUAGGGAGUUUAACAUUGGAGGACGAAAGUGGAAGCUUUUGUUAUGUCCCAAUGGACAUGGAACUGCAAAAAGCCAAAGCCUAUCUCUAUUUCUUGAACUAGCUGAUUCUGGAAACCUCUUUCUUAAACCCUAA